AUGCUGAAGUUGCAGCGACAGACUGACUACAAAUUGGAACUGACUCUCGAUGGGGUAAACUCAAUCAAGGACCUGCUGAACGACGACCUGAGGGAGAGAGAUCACGAGAUGGCGAAGAUGCAAUUACAGCUCCAGCGGCAGAAUGAGCAUAUCGCCUAUCUUGAAUCCCGCGCGCCUAGUCCCUUUCCGCAAGCUAGAACUCCAAACGUCGACACCUAUGUCAGCCAACAAGCCCUCCGACGCAUGCUUGAUACAGGCGAUAUUCAUCUGACCGACAUUGCUGUGGUGACCGAUACGAAAUCACGUCUCCCGGUUAAGGAACGCGGCCACGCGGAGCAGAUUAUCAAUAGAAGCGCAUUUAGAAGGUGGAUCGUCUCGCCCGUUUCCGCAAAGCUCCUAGUUCACUGGGACCUCGAUAAAUCCAAGACCCGCAGUGGCAUCUCUCCUUUGUCAGGGGUCUGUGUCACCAUGUUACAGGCACUGGCUGCACAGCCGCGAUUCAUAUCGCUGUUAUGGUUCGCAGGGCGCCACGUCGAUCGGUUAAGUAUGGGCGAGUAUGUCGGGGAAAACGCCAUGAUUCGGUCACUGAUUGACCAGCUGCUACGCCAGUUCGACUUUGACAUGCGGUAUUUCCAACACCACAUUGACCCCUCAUGCUCGCAGAACGACCUUCUUGUGCUUUUGGAUUGGCUCAUCAGGCAAAUACCGCGAACUCAUACAGUCUGCUGCGUCAUUGAUGGGGUUGCACUUCUAGAGCGCGAAGAGUUGGAAGAUGAGUCUCUGCCUGUGCUCUCCAAGCUUGUGCAGCUGGUCAACGACGCAAGUAUCCAUGCUCCGCUCAAGCUGUUGCUGACAAGCACUCCGGCAACCACGGUUGUUCGAGGGGUGUUUGAGGAUGAAGGUUUGAUCCUCAAUGUGAAUGUCCUCCCGCGACAAUCCCUUCCGUCGAGCGAUGAGCGAGUAAUGAGGGAGAUGGGCGCGACUGUGUUUGAAGAGGACAAGUAUAUAUAG